AUGUCUUGUGACAGAGUAAAACAAAUAAUUACGCUCUUUCAACAACAAUCUCCAGUUCAAGCUGCUGAAACUGUUUUUAGAAGUAUUCUUACAAAUGAAACAGAUCCAGCAUGUCUCCCAAUAAUGACAACAAUGACAGCAUUAUAUAGUGCUAUUCAAAAUAUUGAUGUUAAUAAAUAUGAAAGUAAAGAAUUAACACGAUAUGUAUAUAAAUUAGUAUCAGUGAAUUGUCAAACUAUUAAAGCAGCAAUUAUUUACAAAGAACCACAACUUCUUAAAUAUGAAGAACCUCUAUUAAUUGGAGUUUUAGAUAAUGUAGCGAAAAUGGUUGGACCAAAACAUUAUGCAUUAUUUCUUCAAAAAAAUAAAGAAAAAGACAAUGAAUUUAUUAUUCAUCAAAAGAAAUUUGCACAAUUAAAUUUAAGAGAAUUACUUCAAAUUUCACCUAAUCAUUUUCCUUUUACAAAUACUUAUGACCAAGCAAUGACUCUCUUAAAUAUGAUUGAAAAAUCAACAAAUGCUUCUUCAAUGUUAAAUAGACUUGUAGAUGUUCAACAAGAAAUUAAUCAUUCAUUAGAAAUAGUUUAUGGAGAAGUACCUACUUCUUUUGAUGCAGAUGCAUUAUUAUCAAUACUUCAAUUUUUAUUAAUUCGUUCUAAAAUUCAACAUCCAUUUUCAAUUAUUAAAUUUAUUGAAUCUCAUUUCACAAGUAAAGAUUAUUCUACUCAAUAUGGUUUUUCUUUAACUACUUUUACAAUAGCAGCAGAAAGUAUUUUACAAAUUACUGGAAAUGCUGAUCCUCGUUCUACAGUUUUAAAUGAUAGUCCAUUAUUAAAUACUAAAAUUACUUCUUUUACUCCUUCUCCUAAACUUUCAUUACCACUUCACUUUAUGGUUGCAAGUGGUAUGGUUGAUAGUCAAAUGGUAAUGAAAUAUUUUUAA